CACGUUUGGUCCUCCAUAAACCUACUCUCGCUUCCUGGAAAUCUCGUGUCUACAGCAGAAGGCAGCAGAGGGCUAUUAAAACAAUCGCUUGCUGUUAUGGGCGUAUCGUUUUCCACACAUUACAGUGUCACGUAGUGAAAAAGAGCUACCUGAGUGUUUGCACGCUUUUGUUUUGUUUCUCUUAAUUUCUUUCCCCGUUGCGCAGCGAUGCCUGCUGUAAAAAGUUUAACUAUCAGCUACGACGCGCUGAAUGAGAAAGGGACGUUUUCUCAAGGAGACGUUGUGACGGGACAAGCAGUUCUAUCCUUAUCGAAGGAAACCAAAGCUCAGGGACUGUUUGUGAAGGCUAAAGGAGACGCAAACGUGCAUUGGACGGAGAAGAGUGGCGAUCGCACGCAUACGUACUCUGCGCUCCAAAGAUAUUUUAAACUGAAACAGUUUUUAAUCCCAGAAGACUCGGAGGCUGUUUUGCCUGAAGGGAACCAUGUCUUCAAAUUCAGCUUUAGGAUCCCAUCUGAAAACAUGCCAUCAUCUUUCAAAGGAAAUCAUGGACAAAUUGUCUACAAACUGGUGGCCAAGCUGUCCAGGAGCUGGAGGAUGAAUUCCACUGCAGAAAAGGAGCUCAACUUUGUCUCCAAGUCCUUUUCAAACUUCAGCAGUCUUUUAUCGCAACAAGUUGGUACCACAGAGAAGAAGAUGGGAAUUUUCUCUAGGGGACAAGUGCACAUGGAAGCCACUGUUAACAAGACUGCUUACGCCCCAGGUGAAAGUAUGCUGAUAUUUGCAAAAGUCAACAAUGCUUCUUCUCGAGAUAUGACUCCCAAAUUUAGUUUGACACGGAGUGUUGAGUUUCGAGCCCAAGGAGACAGGAAAAAUGAGGAAUACACUGUCCAAAAAGUGGUUGAUAAGGUAAUCAGUUCCUACACCCAGCACGAGGUCAAGUGUGAGAUGAGGGUCCCCACUGAUGAGAUGCCUUCGAUCGAGAACUGUGAUAUUAUCUCAGUGACACACCAAUUAAAGGUGUAUCUGGACAUCAGCUUUGCCUUUGAUCCAGAGAUUAUCUUCCCAGUGGUUAUUUCACAACCUACUUUAAUGUUUGGUGCUCAAAACAGUGGAAAUGUGGGUCCUGGGGCUUUUGGUGGUCCAACGAACAGCGACUUCCCUCCCCCUGCUAUGGCUAUUGGUCCUUAUCCUGCCCCGCCACCUUCAGGUCCUUAUGGGUACCCAUGCACCCAAAGUCUUUCUGCACCACCCUCUGCAUACCCAAAUAACCCACAGAUUUAUUGUGGUCCACCAGGUGCUUAUCCACCUCAGCCACCUCCCAUGCACGGGAGCUACAACAACCCAGUGCCACAGGGGCCUUCUCCAUGUGGAUCUUCAUAUUCAUCCUCCUCUUCCGUGCUUCAUCCCCCACCGGCUGCCCCAGCAUUCCACAUGCCUCCUUCGGGCCUUCAGGUCCAGCCACCUUUUUCUUCUGUGUCUCCUUCAGCUCCCACUUUCAAUCCAAUGCCUUCUGCUCCAGACCUGAAUACAGACUUCUUGUCUCAGACGAAUGAUGCUCCUCCGGCAUAUACAUUGCUCUUCCCAUCUCCUUCUCUGGAAAAAUCUGAUACUAAAUAAUCACAUAUUUAAAUCAUGGCUAAAACGUAUAUAGUAAAUUACAUAGAAACAUGCACUGUUUAUGAGUGUGACUUUAUAAUAAAUCCACUGCAUGCAUUAACUAAAAAUGUUUUUUAGUUGUGCAAUGGUACAGAUAGGUUUAAGUUGCCUGUGGUCUCUUUAUCAGGUGCUUAUAUUAUGACUGUUAACCUACAUCCUCAGGAUACACUCCGAUAGAACACCUUAAGUAACAUUUAAAGUGUCCUUCGUUCAGAGAAUGAAUUUAUACCUGUCUACCUCUAUAUCAGUACUGUCUAAAGCAUGUUAAAAGGUUGUUUCUUAUGAAUUUGCUAUAUUAGAAUAAAGAUCCUUAAACAGUU